UCUCCGCUCCACUCUGAAUGGCGCACUCCAACGGAUCGGAGACUACAUGCCGAACACAGUAGCUACUUACCGAGCAACUGUGUUAGUGGCGCACAUACCAAGGAGUGCAAUACCUGUGCGCGCAGCUAGCGCCCAGUGCUCGGAGGGCUUUUAAAUGCUUUUAUGUCAGAAACCAACCGUGUACGACCUGCUAUCAAGAAAACAAUUCUCCACAGUGCGAGGCAUUACGGCUCUUUGCUGACAGGUUUCGCCAUCGGGUUCGAACGCGUUUGUAAAACAACAAACACAUCCAAAGGAAUAUUGUGAUUGUUGCCAAGUAGUUUGAUCGGAGGAUAUCCCGGACUGUUCAGGAAGAAUGGCGAAGGACGGAGCUUCAGAUUCCUACUUUACUGCGAGGAGUUGGGGAAUUACAGUCGUAUUGCUGAUGGUCCUUCAAGUGUCCAGUGGGCAGCAUGUGAAGGUUCAGCCGGAGCUGCAGGCCUUCCAGAAGGAGAAGAUCCUCAUGCGCUGCAUGUACACCCAGCCAGGAAACACCAAACUCACACAGGUGUCCUGGAUAUACGAAGACAAUGAUGGAGGGGAGCGCGUCAACAUCGCCGUGUUCCACCCGACGUACGGCGAGAGCUUCCCGGACUCGCCCUUCAAGGGCCGGGUGCACUUCACCCAGGGCAGCCUGGAGAACCCCUCCAUCGAGAUCAGCGACAUGCGCAUGGCCGACGAGGGCAAGUACACGUGCGAGUACGCAACCUACCCCAGUGGCAACGAGCAGGGCACCACCAACCUCGUCAUGCUGGCCAAGCCCACCAACAAGGCGGAGGCCGUGACGGUGCGCGCGGGGUCGGCGUCCGCCCUGGUGGCUCGCUGCGAGGCGGCCCGGGGCAAGCCGGCCGCCACCAUCACCUGGGAGUCGGACGUGCCGGGGGGCAAAGACAACACCACCACGCUGCCGCAGCCCGACGGCACGGUGACGGUGCUCAGCGAGUACUGGAUGACCCCCACCGCCAGCGUCAACGACCGCAGCGUACGCUGCAAGGUCGCCCAGCGCACUCAGGACCACCCGGAGACCUUCCCCCUCGUGCUGUCCAUACAGUAUCCCCCAGCGGUCUCUAUAGAGGGAUAUGAUGACAACUGGUAUAAGGGUCGCACUGACGCCGUCCUCACCUGCCAUGCGGAUGCCAACCCACAACCCACCGCCGUCGACUGGACUUCGUCGAACGGCCCGCUGCCAGACACGGUGCAGGUGGAGGACAGUGGCCACCGGCUGGUGGUGAAGCGGGUGGACGACAGCGUCAACACCACCUUCGUGUGCGAGGUGAAGAACAGCCUGGGCUCCGGCAAGAGCCAGCUCACCGCCGUGGUGAUCGAGGUGAGCGAGGAGCCAUCCAACACAGGUGUCCUGGCAGGCGCCAUCUUGGGAGGCCUGCUGGCCUUCCUAUUGGUGGUCUCCCUGGUGACGGUGCUGGUGAUCCGUAGCCGCCGGCAACAGCAGCAGCAGCGCAGUUACCCCGGCGACCCCGAGACGAGCUCCUACGGCAACAAGGUGCGCCUCUUCGGCAUCGGCGGCAGCGGCAACGGCAGCGCCAAGCCCAACAAGAACGGCGGCGGCAACAACAACAACGGCCCGGCGUACUCGUACCGCGAGGGCGAGCCCGGCGCGCUGGACGAGAAGCCCAACGACCCGCGGUACCAAAACAACGGCCCCGGCAGCGGCUACGGCGACGGCAGCCCCACCCCGCAUCACAUCCUGCUGAACGAGCGCGACGAGGCCGAGCGCCGCAAGCUCCAGGCCAUGGACGACAGCCAGGAGGAGUACGAGGAGGAGGAGGACGAGGUGGAGGACAUGGAGGAGGACAUGGUGGACGGAGGAGGAGGAGGAGGCUACGGGGGAGGCUACCACCAGGCCCCCCAGCACCACACCAUCAUGCCACCCCUACACCACGCCCACCACCAUGGCCAGCAGCACCAGGACUCCCAGAUGAGCGGCUACCUGGACGAUGACAUGGAGUCCCAGCGCGACGGCUCCGUCAUCUCCCGGACGGCCAUCUACGUCUGAGGAGGGCGGGCGUCGAGGAGGUGUCGAUCCCGGCUUCAGAAAGUUACUAAAAAAUAAAAUGCCACAGUUUCCGUCCAACACAGCCGACUUUACUUUGUAGCCUCCUGUCCACCUGGCUCAUUAUGAUCAUCUGAUUACGGAGCUGGCUGGAUCCAAUUUGUGGCAGGGAUUUGAAACUUUCUGAACCCGGGAUUGACACUUCCGAUGGGACGAGGAGGACAAGAGGAGGAGGAGGAGUAUGAGGAGGAGGAGGAGGGUGAGUGGAGUGAGUGGUGGAGGGGGAGGGAGGGGAUAGAAUAAAAAAAAGGGGUGGAUGACAAGGAGAGAGAGAGGUCAGGCCUUCAUCCACAACAGAGGGAGAUUAAUCAUCGAAAUCCUGCUAUCUUCCAUUGCCCUACCACCGACCUCUAGCCAACACCACUUCACACCACUCACUGGCUCUCUCUCUCUCUCUCGCUCUCUCUCACACUCUUACUCUUACUCUUAAAUCCCUCCAUAUGCUUUA